AUGUCAAAGAGGAGCAAAGGUCGUCAAAAGGUCGACAUGGUGAAGAUGCCUAACGAAAGCAACCUCCAAGUUACGUUCUCAAAACGCCGGGCCGGCCUUUUCAAAAAGGCGAGUGAACUUUGCACUCUUUGCGGUGCCGAGGUUGCUAUCGUGGUGUUUUCACCCGGAAAGAAGGCUUUCUCUUUCGGUCACCCGAGUGUUGAAGGAUUGGUCGAGCGUUUCCUUACACGACAUCCUCCCCAACACUCGCCCACUAUGCAACUCAUCGAGGCUCAUCGUAACGCUAACGUUCGUGACCUCAAUGGACAACUCACUCAGUUGGGCAGCCAAAUGGAAUUUGAAAAGAAGAGAGGAGAACAACUUACUCAACUGAGGAAGUCAAGGCAGAAUCAACAUUGGUGGGAGGCUCCACUUGAAACACUUACUAAGCCUCAAAUACAUCAAUUGAGGUCAUCAUUGGAACAACUUAAGAAAAAUGUGGCAGUGCAAGCUGAUAAACUUCUAAUUCAAUCUGCCCAAUCUCAACAAUUUUAUGCUUCAAGUUCUACUAAUCCUCCAAUUUUUCCUAUUUUUGAUCCAAGAAAUAAUAAUCCCAUGUUAAAUCUUCCAAAUAUGACUAAUCCACAUCUUGGAUUCAAUAAUUUUGGAUAUGGAAAUGGACUUGGGAAUGAGAAUGGAUUUUACUAA